GCACGGUGACUAAAUGUUGGGACGUCUUUCCCCUCAUGUUGGGGUGAAGUUGCAUCCAUUGGAAGGUUCAGAAAACACUCAUGUCUCUUGUGCAGUCGAUAAAGCUCGUGUUCUCGGACAGCGUGUUUACCGUGGGUGCAUACUUAUGUACCCCGUACCGCGACGUGGCAGGCGGCAUGCUUUGGGCAUGCUGGAGGAGGUUCGCUAAUCUGAAUCGUGUAUGAUCCUCUCAAAGUGGCUAUGUACAACGUGGUCGGCCGGGGCUUCUGCCUGCUUCUGCCUGCUUUUAUCAACUUCUCUCGACUGAUAGUUGCAGUUACGUUUACUGUUCUGGGCUGCCAGGGACUGCCUGACUUCACACGUUGAAACUCAUCCUCACACAGUUCAUGAUCAGAAGCUUCUGUUGAUAUUUACGCAGGCUUUGCGAUCACAACGUAUAACUCGGACACUCAUGCACGACGCGUCUAUACUCAACGACCGCUGCUCUCCACUGUUCUACGUCACAGUCCCGGGCCUCGCGAUUGAGGGCAUGCUGCAGUUCUCGCUCGAAGCCCCUGUCGUUUUCCGGAUCUUUCAUUGUUCUCGUCAUAAUUGGGGCUGUGAGAAAAGGAAUCCCUGAGGGCUGCCUGGGAAUCUAUUUUGGCCCUAGUCGAUGUGCUUCUUCAGAUUAUAGCCUAUCGGCGUGUGGACCGACGGUCCAUUGACGAAGAUCGUUCGCUAUUUUAUACCUCGAUCCACGGACCUUGGGACUUGACGAACUCCCUUCGCGACUCCAACCUCCAUCUCAUUCACCUCUCAACUGAAGUCGUUCAGCCAUGGCGUCCAAAGAUAUGCUUUCGAUUUUCGUCCAACAAUGCCAGGAGCUCGAGGAGUACAGAGCUGGCAAACGAAUCGCUGUCGAUGGACAACAUCUCUCCAUCGUAGCUAUUGUGGCGGCCGCGCGUCAUCUUGCGUCCGUAUCGCUCAUCGACAGCCCUGACAUUGUCAACCGGAUGGCACGCUCUCGAGAGGUCAUCGCACACUCCGUGGACGGAAAGAAGAGUGUAUACGGUGUAAGCACGGGUUUUGGAGGCAGUGCGGACACUCGUACGAGCAACUACGACGGUCUCGGUCUGGCCUUAUUGCAAGGACUUCAUUCUGGCGUACAGUCUACUUCGGGAUCUACGACGACUCCCCUCCCUCUUCUUGAUCCUCUGACUUCGACUUGUAUGCCCGAAGCAUGGGUCCGCGCCGCCAUCUUAGUGCGUAUCAAUUCGUUGAUACGGGGGCAUUCCGGUGUACAGUGGGAGACCGUGGAGAAAUUGAGGGGGCUGCUAGUCGCGAAUAUUAUUCCAUUAGUGCCCACACGCGGUUCAAUCUCUGCCUCGGGAGACCUUGCGCCCCUAUCGUACGUUGCCGGAGCGCUUACCGGUAACCCUUCGCUUUUCGUGUUCGAUGGUCCGAUGGCCUCAGGCCCCAGGCAGAUUGUCUCCGCACCCGAAGCACUCAAGAAACACGGCCUUGGGACGGUCAAUCUACUCCCCAAAGAACACCUCGCCAUCCUCAACGGCACUGCCUUCUCGGCUUCUCUCGCUGCUCUUUGCCUCCAUGACGCCGUACAUCUCGCUCUACUUUCUCAGGUCUGCACUGCGAUGGGUACUGAAGCAAUGCUUGGCGCUCGAGGGAGUUACGACCCAUUCAUUCACGAGGUCGCGCGCCCUCAUCCUGGCCAGGUUCAAUCUGCACGAACUAUCUGGAAUCUUCUUGAAGGUAGUCACCUUGCGCAAGCAGACGAAGUAGAGCUCACCAUCGACGAGGACGAAGGCGAACUUCGGCAAGAUCGCUACCCCUUGAGGACCGCCCCUCAAUUCCUCGGACCACAAAUUGAAGAUAUCCUCGCUGCGGUCGAGAGCGUCACUCUAGAGUGUAACUCGACGACGGAUAAUCCACUCAUCGAUGCCGACAAGCAGAAGGUUCAUCAUGGCGGAAACUUCCAGGCUAUGGCGGUGACGAACGCCAUGGAGAAGACUCGCAUGGCUCUGCAGAAUAUCGGGAAGCUAUUGUUCUCUCAGUCCACGGAGAUAUGCAACCCUGCUAUGAAUCGCGGUCUACCCCCCUCACUCGCGGCCACGAAUCCGUCGCUGGAUUAUCACGGAAAAGGUCUGGACAUCGCAAUGGCGUCGUAUGUCAGCGAGUUAGGGUAUCUCGCUUCGCCAGUCUCCACACAUAUUCAGUCUGCAGAAAUGCACAAUCAGGCAGUGAACUCCCUGGCUCUGAUAUCAGCUCGUGCUACCGUCAACACACUCGACGUACUAUCGAUGCUGAUUGCUAGCUACAUUUACCUUCUAUGCCAAGCUCUUGAUCUACGCGCACUCCAGGCCGAAUUCUACGGCGAGAUGGCCAGCAUCGCACAGCAGGAGCUCGACAAACACUUCUCAUCUUACCUAACCGCAGGCGAUAUCGCCUCCCUACUCGGCGCGAUCAAGCCCAGGAUCCGCAAGUCUCUGGAUGAGACGACCAAGAUGGACGCCGAUUUGCGAAUGGCCAAGGUGGCCAGCUCAUGCGUGGAUACUAUGCUCGCCUUCAUCUCCAGUCAACCUUCGCCCACCUCCGAUGCUCUUCUCACCAUUCCCCGCUUCCGAGAUUCAUUCGCGGUACGUGGAGCUGAGUGCCUUCAAUCCUGGCGCUCGACAUUUUUGCAAGGCGGGCGCGGAGUCGCUCCUGCUAGUCAGUACCUGCACAAAACCCGACCCAUAUACGAAUUCGUCCGCAUCACGCUCGGGGUGAAGAUGCACGGCAUCGAGAACUUUGGACAAUUCGCUCAGGGGCUGGGUGUACAAGACGCCACUAUGGGGCAGAACAUAACCCGGAUCUACGAGGCUAUCCGGAAUGGUACAAUGCGUGGGGUUUUGGUCUCCAUGUUCUCCUCACACGUAUCACCUAGAGCUUUGGCGAAGUUGUAGGAUAACCAGAGAAGCAUGUCGUUCCAGAGAUUUGUACCCAUAGAAUGAUGAUGCCUCGUUUCCACCCU